AUGCCCUCACCGAAAAUCGCAAUCAUCGGCGCAGGCCCAGUGGGCACCACGCUUGGGCGCCUGCUCAGGCGCCAGUCCCCUUCCACAUCUAUUACCAUCUACGAGAGCGAGCCUUCUCCAAACUACCGCAGUCAGGGCGGCACGCUCGACCUGCACACCGACACCGGGCUCGCAGCGCUCAGGGAGGCAGGACUGUGGGAAGAGUUCACGAAGCAUGCCCGCUACGACGGCGAGGCUCUCCUGAUGACAGACAAGAACCUCAAGCCAUUCUGGCAGGUCAAGCCAAGCGCCACGCCCGAGCAAAGAGGCGGUCACCUGGGCGGGCAGCGCCCCGAGAUCGACCGCGCCGCCCUCCGACAAAUCCUCAUCGAGAGCCUGCCAGCCGACAUGAUAACAUGGGGCCACCGCCUGAAAGAAGUAGUGCCCGGCACGCACCCACGGGACACCAAGCUCAUCUUCACCCUCGCGGACGGCAGCACGGCGACGGCGUCCGGCUUCGACCUGGUCGUCGGCGCCGACGGCGCGUGGAGCAAGGUCCGCAGCGCCCUGUCAGACGUCAAGCCGCACUUCGCAGGCGUCUCGAACCAGGCCUUCGAGAUCCCCGACGCGGCGGCCACGGCGCCCGAGGUCCACGCGCUCGUCAACCGCGGCAGCGUCUUCAGCCACGCGGACGGGCACAAGACGAACCUGCAGCAGAUGGGCGACGGCAGCAUCGUGGUGUACCUCAACUUCCGCACCGACGACGAGGACUGGUACCGGUUCCCCAAGCGCUGCGGGUUCGACGCGACCGACCUGGAGGCCUCCAAGGCCGCGGCCCUCGAGCGGUUCCGCGACUGGCACCCGCUCAUCAGGGAGGCUAUCUCGCGGACCCAGGGCCGCGCCGUGCCGCGCAGCCUGUACAUGCUGCCCGUGGGGUUUAGCUACGCCCACCGGGCCGGGAUGACGGUCGUCGGGGAUGCGGCGCACCUCAUGACGCCGUUCGCGGGCGAGCGCGUCAACGUCGGCAUGGAGGACGCGCGGAGGCUGGCUGCUGCGGUGGUGGCGGCGGGGGGUGACCUGGGAAAGCUGGACGACGGCGUCGCGGCGUUCGAGAAGGACAUGUUCUCACGGGCUGGCGAGUUUGCGGCACUGACCGAUACGAUGCUGCGCACGUGGUUCUUCACUGAGGACUGUCCGCGCUCUGUCGUCCCCAAGGCUUUGUCCACGCAUGCGAGCUUCUAUGCGCCGAGGCUGCUAAGACCGCUUGUGGGCGGGCUCGCGUAUUCUUUCUUUUCGGUGCGUCAGAUGCCUUGCGGCGUUCACUUGGUCGGUAGCAUCUGCCUCCCCUCUGCUGAAGAGGUCUUCCGCAAGACCACAUCGAUCCUACCAGGCCGCCUGCGGCGCAUCCCGGACGGGGAGACCGAGCACCGGCAGCAAUUCUGCGCAUUCCAGCGGGAUGUCUUCAUAGAAGCAGGAGCAUCGCAAGCCCUGCGCAAAUACGAUGCAGAGCGCAACCCACUUCCUUCCGACCCCGUCCCGGCGGAGGAGGUGGAGCAGCUGUUGCAGCACCUCCGCGAGCACCCCUUGCACACGAGAUAUGACACGCACGCCAUCGAGUCGUACGCCCUUUUCAACCAGCUCCGCGACGAGGGCGUGAUCGCGCCGGGGGUGCGGUUUCAAGUCAGCCUGCCCACGCCUAUCAACGUGAUGACCAUGAUCGCGCCGCCGUAUCAGGCCGCGCUCGAGCCGGUCUAUGAGGCCGCGUUGUUGCGGGACCUGCGCCGCAUAGAGGCGGUGGUGCCCGCUGGCGACCUCGCUGUGCAGUGGGACUGCGCGAUCGAAUUUGCCAUCCUCGAGGGGCUCGAGUACCCUUUGUUCCGGCCUUGGUUUGCGGGCGAGGGCCGUGACGCCGCGGCUCUGCGGGCGCACGUCGACGCGGCGCUGGUGCGGCUCGGGAGUGCGGUCGGGGCAGACACCGAGCUCGGGUUUCACCUCUGCUAUGGCGAUAUCGGCCACCGCCACUUCUGCGAGCCGCGCGAUAUGGGGUUGCUGGUCGACGUUGCGCGGGCGUUGCUGCGGGAUGUUGGGAGGCGGGUUGCUUGGCUUCACUUGCCUGUGCCCAAGGGGCGCGACGACGAUGCAUAUUUCGCCCCGCUGGAAGGCCUUGUGCCAGUCAUCGAGGAGGGCCAGACCGAGAUGUACCUCGGUUUGGUGCAUGUGGAUGAUGAGGAGGGGACACACAGGCGGAUCGAGGCAGCCUCCAGGGUGCUCAGCGCUUUUGGAGUUGGCACUGAGUGUGGAAUGGGGAGGACUCCGCCCGAGCACUUUGAUUCCAUCAUGACCGUAUCUGCCGCUGUUUCCUCUCCCGUUAGCAGGUCUACUUAA